CUCUCGGCUCGAGAAAGCAGAAGUUCCCUGGCUAGGCCGUAACAAAGUGUUCCGCAGUCCCUUACAAUAUAUAUAUAGAUGUAUUGCUCUAAAAAUCUAAUGCUCUGAAGUUAAUCGGAGCUCAAAUUCUGAUAAACAAAUGCCUGGCAUAAAUCUUUCAAUGAUGUGACUCCAUGAUUUUAUCUCUUAAAAAAAUACUGGAAAGAUUUGGUUAUGCACGGAGAUCUUAUUACCUGCUAUUUUAAAGAAUAAAUAUAGCAGGAACGUUGACUUAACACAGCAGAGUUUUUUUUGGCUGUGCAAAUAAAUAUGCAAAACUCAGUUGUUGACACUUAGCAACUGGUUCCACACCUAUAGAAGAGCAAUGCAGAGAGUCAUUAAAUAUGUCGUUUUCUGGUAGAAUUACGCCAGUGAGUAACAAGGUUGUAAUGAAGGAGCCAAAUCUGCAGACCUCUACACCGGGUUAUAUUGUCUUAUUGAUGUGUGGGGAUAAUGCCUAUUACCUAAUGGGACCUGCACAGAGGAAAGGAUCUAUUCCUCAAUUAAGACAUUUCCCCAUUUUGUUCCACGGGGAAUGUGGCCAAUUGAUACCACGCUUGCUUUCUCUUUAUUCCUUUCUCUGCACAUUCACCUCAUCCAACACUGGCCUCCUUCCUCUUACUGCUGACAGUCUGGCCACUGCUGGUGCCAGAAACUUCUCCUCUGCUGCUCCUGACUCCAGGCCUCUGUUCAUCUCUCUGCCCCCUCGGCACUCAUUCUCAUUUCACAUCUUGUCUGAAAACAUAGCAAACCUCACCUGCUUCUAUCUGGUCACUGGUAUUUCCAUUAGCUAUUAUUUACAGGGCAAAUCCUGAAAUACUUGAUUUAUUUGUGCUACUAUAGCUCCUAGGAACCCUACUUGUGGAACAAGAUGCAAUUGUGCCAGGUGCUGUACAAACGCAGAAGAAAAAGGUGGUCCCUGCCCCAGAGAGCUUCCAGUCUAGCUAUAAGACAAGAGACAACCGAUGAGUUCAGACGGACAGAGGGGAAGAAGGAAAUAAGGGGACAAUGUUGGUCAGCAUGAUCGGCAGUGAUCUCUGCACAGGUAGCCUAACUGCUGUCAAGUUUUUGGUAAACAUCACAGAGAAGACUAAUUUUGAAGGAGGAUAAUGAGUUAGUUGACAAUGUUUGCAGGGAACUCCUCCCAAACAUGAGGGGCAGCAUAGGAGAAGGCAUGAAGAUGUUUGUUUACAAAUGUAACAUGGUGAUGGAGGCUUUCAUCACACACUGAUCAGAGGCGAGAGUCAACCUUUCCAUGCUGAGUGAGAUGAUAGGCUUGGUGGGGAUGGAUCAUGAAGGGCCUUGAAAAUGAAGGCAAGUAGCUUAAGUCUAAUACAAUAGAGAACGGGGAGCAAAUGAAGAGAUGCAGAGAGAGGAAUGACCUGGGCAAAGCAACUUAUAUAACCCUCAUCACUAUGGAAUCUCAGCACCUACUGACUCGUACAAUCUGGCAAAACUUUUGUUGCGUGUAACCCUGGCAUCAUUAAAGUCAAUAGCAAAACUCCCAAUCAGGGCCAGGAUUUUACCCGUUGCGUUUUAAGGGAGUUUAAAGUAAGGAAUGACUAAGAACUGAACAUCAUUUGUAUUAAAUUCUCAUCUGCCUCCAAUGUGCACUGCAUGCACUUGGACGGAGGGGACAGGAAGGGAGUUGUUUCCAACCCUCCAGACCUUAGGGGCUCUGUCCCAGCCUUUAGCCAUGUAUUGAUUAUAGCCGCCACUCCCAGGGCACUGGUGACUUCCCCAUGCCAGGGGAAAUUUCCACCUGGUUGGCUCCACUGGUUUUGGAAGCCCUUUGCACUGGCCGACUGGCCUGUUCUUCCAUCCAAAAAAAGAGGGAGAGUGAUAUUUCUAACUAACCCCCCAACUGCCCUGUGUUCCAUAACGGUCAAUGGGUUGAUAGGAAUUGGCAAAGACACUGUCACUUUUAGCAAAAGGUAGCCACACAAAAGUUUAUUCCAGCAGUUACAUAUUGUUACAAAGUCUGAACAGGAGUCAAUGCAUAUUCUCAUAAUAGUGUGAAAUUAGAAAACAUUUAGACAUCCCAAUAUGUUAAUUUAUUCUUAAUGACGUGACACCAUCAGUAACUACCCCUAACCUAGACUUCUCUGUGUGGAUAACAAGAACAUUGGGAGUUACAUUAGUAAGGAUUUAAAAAAAUUAAAAAUGCACCCAAUUGUUAGGGAUAUAAUAAAUCCUUAUGUUUAAAGGCAUAACCCAGCCACUGACUCAUGAUGUGAGAAAUUUACAUUCCCUAGAGCCAGGUUAUUCUGUAAUUGCCCACUUCAGGUUUCUUGCACUUUCCUCUGAAUCAUAUGCUACCAAUCGUUGUCAGAGACUGGAUACUGGACUAGAGGGGCUGCUGCUCUGAUCCAGUAUGGAAAUUCCUAUGCUCCUAUAUCAUGGUUCUCCAUAGCUAUAAUAGCUAAGUAGGACAUUUUAAUUUUUUGACAUCAUAACCCAGUAAUUCCAUGUCCCUAUGUAAAUCCCUGUUUGUGCCAUCUUUGAAUCAUGUGAUGGAUCAAAAGCAACUGCUUUGUCUGAAGGCAAUCUCUAGAUAAGAGGCUGAAUGGGAAUUUUAGACUUCCUUAUAAUAUUGCUGUUGCAUUGCCUGUUUGAACUAAGCAGCUCUUCUAAUUGGAAAUAAACUAGCUAGGACAAUAAACUGAUUCUGUAACACCACACCAUGGGUAAUGGAGUCAGUUCAGAGAGUAAGGCGUCUGCCAGAAGAUCAAAGGAACUGGAGAAGAAACUCCAUGAAAAUGCAGAGUGGGAUGCCAGGACAGUCAAAUUGCUCUUGAUCAUCCAUAAAGAUGGCUUCACAGAUCAGGAAUGCAUGGAGUUCAGAUCUGUCAUUUACAGUAACAUAUUGCAAUCCAUCCUGGCUAUCAUGAAGGCGAUGUCCACUUUAGGGAUCAAUUAUAAAAACCCAGCCAGUAGAGAAAAUGAAAGACAACUGUACAAAGACAACUGUAUGGCAAAUUCUCUAGAGGAUGGAUCCAUGUCUCCUGAAUUGUCUGAAAUCAUAAAGCGUCUAUGGAAUGACCCAGAAAUCCAAGCCUGCUUUGAAAGGGCAGCAGAAUAUCAGCUCAACGACACAGCAGUUUACUAUCUUAAUGAUCUGGACAGGCCGACAGCUCCUGGAUAUGUUCCCAACUACCAAGAUGUUCUGUGUUCACGAGUGAAAACAACUGGAAUUAUUGAAAAAAGAAAAGGAACUCAGUUUUCCUUCAAAGAUAUGAAUUUCAGAAUGUUUGACAUGGGUGUACAGCGAUCAGAGAGAAAAAAGUGGAUUCACUGCUUUGAAGGAGUUACUUGAAUCAUAUUUUGUGCUGCACUCAGUGCCUAUGACAUGAUCCUGGCAGAAGAUGAAAAUGUGAACACAAUGCAUGAAAGCCUUCACCUGUUCAACAGUAUCUGUAAUCAAAAGUACUUUGCUACCACCUCCAUUGUGCUGUUUCUAAAUAAAAAAGGACCUCUUCCAAGAAAAAAAAUAACAAAAGCUAAUCUCAGUGUCUGCUUUCCAGACUAUGAUGCACAAAACACAUUUGAAGAUGUGGGAAAUUACAUCCAGAAGCAGUUCCUAGGCUUGAAUUUAAAGAAAGAAGACAAGGAGAUAUAUUCACAUAUGACCUGCGCCACAGACCAGAACAUCAAGUUUGUUUUCAAUGCAGUAAUCAUAAUCAAAGAAAACCUGAAAGACUGUGGGCUCUUCUAA